CCCCAAUCACAACCCACUUUCCCCUCGUCGUCCCCACUUUUUUUUCUCCCACUCCGCCCCCGAUUCUCCCCAAUCCCCUCUCGCCGCCGCCAGGAGGCAGCACCGGAAUCGCGGCGACCGAAGAUCCCCUCCGACCCACGCCAAGGAAUCCCGCCGAUCCGCUCGCGCCUCCCGGAUGGCCCUGCACCAGCACCACGCGGGGUCGGCGUCCGGGUCGGCGUCGGCGUCCAGCUCCAGCUCGGGGCUGCACCUGCCCGCCUCGCCCUUCGGGGACACCACCCACACCAAGCUCUUCGUCGGGGGCCUCGCCUGGGAGACCACCAGCGAGAGGCUCCGCCGCUUCUACGAGCGCUUCGGGGACAUCCUCGAGGCCGUCGUCAUCACCGACCGCCACUCCGGCCGCUCCAAAGGAUACGGCUUCGUAACGUUCCGCGAUGCCGAGGCGGCCACCAAGGCCUGCGAGGAACCGUCGCCGGUCAUCGAUGGCAGGCGGGCCAACUGUAACCUGGCGUCGCUAGGUCGCGCCCAGCCUUCCACACCCCUCGGGCGGCCACGAUCAGCUGGCUCCUACUUUGGUGUUCCUGUCCCAAGGGGCAUUUAUGUAGGUGGUUAUGGUCAGCACCGACCCCUUCCGCUUGGGUACUACCAGUACCAGGGAUUUCCGGUUCCACAAUACAGUUACUCCGCAUAUGGCACCGACUACAUCUAUCCACAGGUUAAAGGUACAUUAAACCCAUAUGUUGGUCAGCAAUAUGUUCCAGUUUACGGUGUCUCAGCUGCAGCAAAUACUGCUAACCAACCAUUUAGCCAAUUGAGCCCAUCCAUUUCUGGUGGGGGCAACGGCUAUCCGAUGAUGCAUGGUUACAGUAUGCCAGGAAAUCAAUUUGUGCAUCUCACUGGGUCAAACUUAAUUAAUUCAUCCCCAACAAAUCGUCCCACCAUUCAGGCUCCCUUUUUAGUAGCAGCACCGGUUCCCUCCCAUCCACACUUAGUUGUACCAGCCCACUCACCUCAGUUUACACAAGCUAGUGGUUCAGACUAAAGAGCAAGCUGAACUAUGCACCCAACAAUUUAUACCUUGAGGUAACUUUAGUUUGCAGCAGGACUAAAAGAACAGUGCUGCUGUAUUUGCAGCACUUGUUCUUACCUGGAAAAAAAUCAUCCUUGUAUUCAUAAGGUUGUCCUUAUCAUGGUUGACAUAUGUACCUGGAGAUCAUGAACUGUCCCGAUGGAUGGGGCGGUAUCGCAAGAGCGACGGCUGCUCUUAUCAGUUUGGCUUGGUUAAAAUCCUGUCCUGGUGGGGGACUGUGAUCGUCGAUGUCUAGAUACAGCAUUAUUGAUUCUGUAUCUGACAAGUCAUGGAUAUAUGGUGGAUGCUGGAAUGGAGUCCAGCACCCUGUAAGUUUGACUAAUCCAAGGGGAUUAGUCAUGAUGGCACUCUUAAGAAUCAGGGAUGAGUCACGAUUUGAUGGCACUGAGAUGAGUAUCCAUCUGAAGAGUCGCCAAGUUAGUGUGCUUUAGUGUCGCAAAGUUUGAGUCUUGCACAAGCAAAAGUCAGUGUCAUGAUCUAUCACUCUGGUUUGGCACUAGGCCUAUUGAUAGCCACAUUAUGGAUUUACAAUGCUCCGCUUGACCGUAAGCAGGAUGUUCAGUUUGCCCAAAGGGUGGCCGGAGAUGGUCCUGCGUCUGUACCAAUUUCCCCUUAGAGCUUCUCUGCGUUAUUACACAAUUAUUGAUCAGAUCAAGGUGCAUUUUGAUCCGUGUUACAGUUGGUGUCGGUUCAAGAACCACUGUUGUUUUGUAAUAUGUCCCAGAAGUUCUAAUUUAGAUUCAUGAUGCCCUGAGCUUGGUAGCUCCAAGAUCGGAGUCUUGUUGUACUUGAAUAAUAAUAAAUCCAUCUGCUCUGAGUCCA